AUGACCGAAUACCGUGAAGAUAGCAUUAAACAACUACCGAAGGUAACGGCCACUGAAACGUCUAAUACACUCUUUACUAUUGAACGGAUAAACUCCAACAGCGAUGAAUAUGACGAAGAAGAUGUACCUAAAAUGCUAGUCGAUGAAAGAGAUGAUGACGAUUCCAGCUCUUUUGACGGUGAUGAUGACGAUAGCAUGGAUAAAAACCGUCAACGUCGUCACAAUAAAAGAGCAAAAGAAGAGUACGUAGUGAUUGGUGGGAAGACGUACAUGACUUCUGAUUUGGAACAAUGGUUAGCUCGAGAUCAUGACCUAGAAAACCAAACCGAAGAGUUAACCCGCGCCAAGACCAACGUCACUUUACUGCAAGGUGAACUGGCAGAUCUUGAUACCGAUCACAAAGUAUACGCCAACCCAUUGCCGCUAGGUUUGUCUAGCUUUGGGUUUUCUUGUCUAUUACUAUCGAUGGUGAACGCACAAGUGAGAGGAGUCACUAACAAUAAGAUAGUGCUGGGCGCUGCAAUCUUUUACGGUGGGAUCAUCGAAUUAAUAGCCGGUUUAUUCUGUUUCCCAUUGGGUGACACAUUUGGUAUGACUGUGCUCGGGGCAUACGGAGGCUUUUGGUUAAGUUAUUCAGUGAUAUUGACUGAUCAAUUCAAUAUCGUAUCGAGUUACUCUGACGACCCGGCAAUGUUGAAGAAUGCGUUAGGUCUAUACCUAACGUGUUGGACAGUUUUCACCACACUGUGCUGGUUAUGUACUAUGAAAUCGACAUGGGGCCUAUUCCUAUGUUUCACUUUCUUGGAGAUGACGUUCAUCAUGCUUGCAUGCUCUGAGUUUUUGGAUAGCGUACCAAUCGCAAAAGCGGGAGGAUACUUUGGUAUGUUCAGCGCUAUGUGUGCAUUCUACGUACUGUACUCCGGAUUAGCCAAUGCAGAUAACAGUUACGUUCCUCUGAGACAGUUCUCUUUGCCCAAGACCCAAAGAGUUAUUACGUCGUCACGUGUAUAA